CAGGCAGCGCCCUAGCCAGCCCGCCGCCGCCGCGAGGACCCCAGCCAAGAUGGCGGCGGCUGCGACGCCGACGCGCGGCCUCCUGCGGCUCUCGGUGGCCCUGGGUCCCAGGUCCUCCAACUACCAUGCGCCACCGCCCCCGCGCCGCCGCCCCGGACCCCAGUGGCCAGACCCGGAGAACCUGCUGAGCCCGCGAUGGCAGCUAGGGCCGCGCUAUGCGGCCAAGCAGUUCGCGCGGCACGGCGCCGCCUCGGGGGUGGCCCCCGCCUGCCUGUGGCCGUCCCCGGAGCAGCUGCGCGAGCUGGAGGCGGAGGAGCGGGAAUGGUACCCGAGCUUAGCGACCAUGCAAGAGUCGCUGCGCGCGAAGCAGCAGGCCGAGGAGGCAAGGCGUCGUGCCAGGGAGCAGCACAUUGCAGAGUGCAUGGCCAAGAUGCCGCAGAUGAUCGAGACCUGGCGGCAGCAGAAGCGGGAACGCUGGGAGAAAGCUCAGGCUGACAAGGAGCGCAGGGCCCGGUUACAGGCUGAGGCCCAGGAGCGCCUGGGUUACCACGUGGACCCGAGGAGUGCCCGCUUCCAGGAACUAGUUCAGGACCUGGACAAGCAGCAGCGCAAGCGCCUCAAGGAGGAGAGGCAGCGGAGGAAGAAGGAGGCGGCCCAGGCUGCUGCUGUGGCUUCUGCUGAAGCCCAGGACCCAGCAGUGUCUGGGGAACCCAGCUCCUGAAAUCCCCUUUCCCAAUAAAGCCUGCUGCUGACAGCCCCUAUUCUACACA